GGUUAUUCCCAACACGAAGAAAGUAAAGCACAUGAUGCACAACAUAUGUAAACAAAUAUAAAGACUUUUAUUUCGGUUCAACACACCAAAAAAAUUCCGUUUAAAUUACUUUACAAUCUACACUUCACUCUCAGCACAAACAAUUCUACACAGCGACACAAUGAGGGAAGUCAUAUCGGUUCACGUCGGGCAAGCGGGUGUACAGUUGGGCGGGAUAUGCUGGGAGUUAUACUGCCUGGAGCAUGGUCUGGAUCUCUACGGCCGGCUCGGCAACGAGGACGAUCUGAGGUCGAGAAUGAUGAAAACAAACAGCAAUCUUCACGAAAGCGGUGAGCGGACCAAGUCUAUGGACGAAGGAGUGAAUCACACUCUAUCUUCGACGAGCUCGAGUUCAAGGAAGUCCAGGACGGCCGCCGGAUUCCCAUCGUUUUUCGUCGAGAUGUCAGAAGGCAAUUAUUCACCGAGGGCGGUCAUGGUCGAUCUGGAGCCGACGGUGAUCGAUGAAUUGAGAACGGGACCUUUAAAACAUUUAUUUGCUCCUAGUUCCCUUGUUAACGGAGUGGAAGAUGCAGCUAAUAACUAUGCUCGAGGCCAUUAUACUGCAGGGGGACAGAUGAAGGAAGCUGUUAUGGAGCCAGUCAGAAAAAUGGCAGAAGCCUGCGAUAAACUCCAAGGUUUUAUGAUCUUCCAUUCUUUCGGAGGUGGGACUGGCUCAGGGUUCGGAGCCCUCCUUACUGAAAUAUUUAAUAAAGAAUUUCUCAAAAAAAGUAAACUGGAAAUUGCCAUUUUCCCCUCACCAACGUUAUCCACUGCAGUCGUGGAGCCGUACAACGCAGUCCUUGCGACCAGUUUCACUUUGGAACACACAGACUGUGUCUUUCUCGCCGAUAACGAAGCUAUGUACAACAUUUGCAAGUCGAAAUUAGACAUCGACAGCCCUUCUUAUUCGAAUCUGAACCAACUCUUGGCGCAGACGGUGAGCUCGAUCACGGCCAGUCUCCGAUUUCAAGGGACACUCAACGCGGAUUUCACAGACUUCCAGACGAAUCUAGUUCCUUUCCCGAGGAUCCAUUUCCCCGUCGUCAGCUAUGCGCCGAUAGUGAGCAAGAGCAGAUGUACCCACCAGACGCUUUCCGUUGCCGACAUAACGAGCAAAUGCUUCGACAACGCCAACAGGCUGGUCAAGUGCGACAACGAGGCAGGACACUACAUGUCCUGCUGUCUGCUGUACAGAGGCGACGUCGCGUCUAAAGACGUUAACGCCGCUAUCUCAAACAUAAAAAACAAAAAAGGCGUCAAUUUCGUCGAUUGGUCGCCGACCGGUUUUAAAGUCGGCAUAAACGGCUCUCCGCCCUGCUCACUCGACACGGCCGAUAUGGCCAACGUCCAAAGGGCGGCAUGCAUGAUCUGCAACACGACGGCGAUUAAGGAAGCUUGGUCCCGCCUCAACGCGAAAUAUCACGUCAUGUUGAAAAAGAAAGCCUUCACCCACUGGUACACCGGCGAAGGCAUGGAAAUGGCGGAAUUUCACGAAGCCCAAGACAACAUACUAACGCUCGAAGACGAAUACGAACUUCUUAUGACUGGCAGUUAAACGAAAUACCUAAACAAAUACGUUUUUCAAUUUUCGUCCACCAAGAAGUAUUCUGUAACAAUAAAACUGUAACUCUGUCUUACACUAAUUUUAA